CCGACUCAUGGUUUACUAUAAGUUCGAUUGCUCGUAAGGUUAUCCGCGACCGGGGAAGAUGGGAGCUCAUCAUCAGUCCAAAUAUUAGGCCUUAUAAAAGUGGCAAUCAAGUCCUUUCCACUACCCAACAAUUUCUGAAGCCAUUUUGCAUUAAAUGUUCCAAUCCAAUAAUCUUCGUUCUGUCUGAGACUCCAUGUCCGGUCCCAAUUCUGACAGAUAUGCUUUGUCGCUCCCCAAUUUAAUUCCUCAUCACCACCACCAUCUCCUCCACCUCCUCCUCUUCAACACCACCUUGAGCAAGUAAACACCACAAUCACCAUCGAAAUGGAAUCCACGGGAGAAGCCAAACAGGUUAAACAUCUUAGAGAGCUUCUGCAGGAGCAGCAAGAGCCUUUCGUCCUCGACGUUUACCUCUCCGAAAGAGGCUAUGCCCCAAGGAGGGGCUCAAUGAGCUACGGUGAGGUUGGAAAGAAGCAGAAGAGGAAGAGGACCGGUUGGUUCUCGAAGUUGCUGACAGGUCUGUGCGACAGGAUGGUUGCCAUCCAUGGAGGAAAUAAAAACAAGCAGCAAAGCCGGGAUAGGGAAGGGGAGUGCGGCGGAGUCUGCAGGGAUAACCGAGAAACUGCGGAGCUGGACAGGUUCUCAUCGGCAAGCAGCUCCACGGUGUAUUAUUCAUGCUCCAACAGCGACCCCGAUGAGAAGCCACACCCAGUGCGGGGUGCUCGGGUUCCAUUGGACCGACGUAGUUCCCAUCAGUACGAUGAGCCGAGGGAAGUAGAGGUCAAUCAAGUUGAGACAAACAUACAGUGGAGGCCUCGGAACAACAUUAAGUUGCAGCCCAGCAUAGCACCGGAGAUCACCAGCGAUACCUCAGCCGAGCAAUACGGCAACAAAUCAUGGCGGCAGGAUUUGCAGGUCUUUUCAGCAUGGCAAGAGGCUGACGACUCGACUUGCAGACUCGGUCUACCAAAGAAGAUCACAGAAGAUUCCUUAUCUUCAGCUUCUGCAUUUGAGAUUCUCUAUCACUGCAAACAAGACAGGACUAGUUUUGCCCAGUCGACCCAGCCCCUGGGUCUGAAGGCUUCCCCCAAUUACCUCAACUCGAGACGGGUAUUGCAGCAGACAAAGCAGCUUCUGUUCGACUGUGUGAAGGAGGUAAUAGAGACCUACAGGAGAAAGGACAACGCCGGAAAGAAGAAAAACUCCGACAUAGAGCCUGAUCAGAUUGAGAAGAUUAUUUGUGAAAAGAUAGUCGGGUGGGGGAGAACAAGAGGAAAUGAGAUGAGCAUCGACGAGCUUGUCUACUUGGACUACUUGGAAACGGUGGAAGAAUGGGAGGAUUGCGUCCAACAGAAGAUGCAAAUCAGCUUGGAAAUCGGAGAUGCUCUUAUGGAAGACAUCAGCAAUGAGAUGGUUGCAGAGAUGAUAUGUCAUUAACAGCAAAACGGCUACUUCAUAUUUCCAUGGUGUCAGAUUAGUAUGAGUGCGAAAGAGCGGAAAAUAAACAAGAGUUGGUUUUUUCGAGCAUAAUGACACCUUCCAUAACAUUCCAAAAGUACGAAGUUCCCUACAGCUACAACUAUUAAUGGCGGUCUGUGGCCCGCGCUACGGUCCCUUCUUAAAUGCGAACCACCGUUUGCAGCCGGAAAUAAUAUCAGGCCCUGACCUCUUUCCAUUCGUGUACUUACUCAUGCACGGGGAUGGGGGUUGCAGUAAGACAUCUUUACUUUCCAUAACAUUCCCAUGCAGGAAUCUGGGAAAAUGAACAACUAUGAUAGAUUAAUUCGGUAUCAAUCCACCUGUAAACAACCAUGUUUUCCGCUUGCUGCUCAUCCUGUAAACAUCUACUAUAAUAAGACAGAACAAGCAUUGGCAUCUAACAA